UUUUAUAAUGAAUGGUUCAUGUUGAUGUCGCACAUGCUGGGUUUAUACUUCAUAGUGAUAUUGCGAUAAUUUUUACUCUGUAGGAGUGUGUAAAAAAAUCUAUAGAAUGUGAGUUAAUUUAAUAAUUUCGGUGAGACAUUAGCUCGGAGAGACUUUCGAUUAUGAUUAUAAUGUGGAAAAUCGUUCAGUUGCUCCCAACCUUAAAUGGCAAUAUUUUAUUUGUUGGAUUAAUUUUACUAAGCCACUUCUUCUUCCCGAUUGUUACGGUCGUAGUUACUACAGUGCAUACUUACACAAUCACAGACAGUGUGGAAUUCAUGGACUCAGAUAUUUAUUUUGAAAUAAUUGAACCAGAAGAAUUAAGUUACACUUAUAAAAUAAGACCUGCCAAAGAUUUUGGGAUACCACUGAAUGAGUCAUUUGCGGGAGUAGAAAUACCACUAGUACCUGUUGACCCACCAUGUGGAUGUGGAUGGCCACGGAAUGCUGAAGAUUUAGAAGGAAGUGUGGCGUUAGUAGAGAGAGGAGAAUGCUCUUUCCUAAGUAAAACUGUUCGAGCUGAAGAGGUGGGAGCGAGAGCCGUAAUAGUUGCAGAUCAUGAUGAAAAUGCAGAUGAAUAUUAUAUUGAAAUGAUAGAUGAUAAAACAUAUCGAGAUGUUCAUAUACCUGCUGGAUUUUUAUUGGGAAAGAAUGGGCACAUGAUACGGAAAACUUUAAAAAGAUUGAAAAUGAAAUUUGCUAUUAUCAACAUACCUGUGAAUUUAACUUAUGUACCAAUCCAUAAAAUGAACCAACCUCCAUGGUUGGGUUGGUAGCUAAAUAGGAUCAACAAAUGUAACGCAAAUAAAUGCUAGUCACUUUGAAGAACUAGUAAAUCAUGUCAGUACAUUGAAACUAGGAAUGCUCAACCUAAGUAAUGCUGCAAUUGAUUUAAAAGUUACUUGAAAAAUAUUAGUAGAAGAGAUGUCAUUCCUUUGGGCAGAAGUAGCUUCUGUUAUUUAAUGAGUUUAAAGAAUGAGAAAACCAACUUAUUACAAAAUACUUUAUUUUUGAAUGAAAAUAAAAUUGUCCUUUUCUUUUAUUCUUCUAAUAUUUGUAAAGCUAAGAGACAUAUUGACAAGUGAGAAACAGAAGAAAGUGCCUGCAAAAAGUAUUAGACUGUAGUGGAUUAAAGUUACAAUAUUAACAUCUUUUCUCAAUUCAAAAAGCCUUAAAAAUGAAGGCUGUCUGUCAUAGCCUCUGCAAGUUACAAACUUUUCAAUUGAGUUUUGUUAGGUUGAGCAUCUCCGUUAAAGACAAAUGUACAAGAAAAGGCUGCCUGCUUAUGAUUACUUUUGUUUCUCAAUACAAUUUUGUUUGUGUAUUUCAUAAUUAAUCAUGUGUUCUGACAAUUUUUUACCCAUCUCAGUAAGAGAAAGUAGAAAAUAUGAUAUUAUUAAAGUGUGUAUGGAAAUUCAGACAGAUGAAAAGACCUUGUAUAUGUAAAGUUAGUUACGGCAGUCUCAGAUAAUAACAGCACAUAGUGUUGGUGAAUUUUUAUGUUCCUGAUGUUUUGUAAUUUUUUGUUUAAUACUGGUAUGUUUUGUUAUAUUUUUAAUUUUGGGGGUUUAUAAUUAUAUUUUCAAAAUACCAUUUUGUGUUUGUCGGGCAUUAUCUUUAUUCUGAAUAAAGGUUGAAGUGUGUUAAUAGAAAAUGCCUUUUACAUUCUCAUAACUUAACUAUGUUCAUGUUUUGAUUUCCUAACUCGAGGGCCAAGGGCACUUAUCCUGAGAAUAGUUUUACCUUUUUGACCACCUACUGUCAAGUCUAUCUCAUGCUCCGAGUAAGAAAUUUCAACCUUAAGGAAGAGCUUAAUUUAUUGGUGAAUGGAUUGUUUGAAGUAGAAUCUGUUGUGGUACAGGUCAAAGUAUCUUUCUUAUUUGUUUGUUUUGGAGGUCUUUCAUAUUAUAUUACCAGAUCUGUGCAGAGUAUACUGCAAGUACCUCGACUUUCCCCUGGUAUUUGCUCAGAGGUUGCAGAACAAAAGUUUACAAAAUGUUCUGAAGAACCUUUCUUUUUAAUGAGUUAUGUAACUUAUAGUAGAGUUGUAUAUUUACACAUGUUUUGUACUUUAUUCUUGACAUUGUAAUACAAAUGUAAGGGCCUUGAAAGCAAAGCGAGAAAUGUCUGCAUGUGGGCUUUGACUCAGUUGAUUCAGAGUUUGGCAGUGUUUCAAUGAUGCUGUGUUGGAUGCAUUUCCUUCAACAUUGCCAGGCACACCUGAGUCAUCAAAUUGGCUAUUAUGACAUGAUGAAGUACAUUUUCAUUUCGAAAUUGUUUUCUUUCUCAACAAUUAAUCCAAACACAGAAUUAAUUUAGACUCCUAUUUUUCCUGUAUUUUGAAAAUUUCAAA